UUUACAGUCUCUUCAAUAAUGGUUAAAAGUAAAAUAAAUAUCGCAGAUCUGUAUUUGAGCAGGGCAAAAUUUGUAAUGUCCUUUUUAGGUGUUUGGAUGCCUCCACCAAACGAGUCUAUUAUGCGUAAAUGCUAUAGGUUUUUCAUGCUGUCCUUGCAAUAUAGUUUCCUUGUAUGCCAAGUGGUAUAUAUGUGUCAAGUACUGGGGGAUCUCGAGGAAGUCUCUCAAUCGUCUUUCCUGCUCUUUGCCCAUGCUAGUCUGUGUUUCAAGAUCACCGUGUUUCACGUUAAUAUAGAAUCGUUCAGGGAACUCCUGGCUCAGAUGAACUCUGAGAUUUUUAUGCCUCAAACUGAGGGGCACGAUAAGAUCUUGAAGCUGCAGGCUUCGAGGAUCAAGAGACUGCUGUUGGGAUUUAUGUUCAUCUCUCAGACUGGCUGUAGCCUGUUCGCUCUUAGGCCACUGUUCGAUGAUGCUAAUAGAAAUUUUCCGUUUAAAAUGUGGAUGCCGGUCAGUCCAGAACCCUCGCCUCAGUACGAGCUCGGCUUUUCGUUCCAAUUCGUGACCAUCUCCAUGAGCGCCUUUAUGUACUUCGGUGUGGACAGUGUCUGUCUGUCCAUGGUCAUCUUUGGGUGCGCGGAGAUUGACAUCAUUAAAGAGAAGAUUAUGAACGUAAAGUCAAUAGCAGAAAGACGCGUUAAUCGGUCAAUUACCGUCAAGAGCAUUUUGGACGAGCACUACAAAGUUCUGAUUGAUUGUGUGGUGCAUCAUCAAGCCGUAGUCAAGUUCAUCAAGCAAGUGGAAGACACGUACCAUUCGUACUUGCUCUUUCAACUCAGCGGCAGCGUCGGGUUGAUCUGCAUGUCAGCUUUACGCCUACUGUUGGUGGAAUGGAAGAGUGUCCAGUUUUUGUCAGUGGUGGUGUACCUGCUGGCGAUGGUCAGCCAGCUCUUCGUCUGUUGCUGGACCGGCCACGAGCUCACCGCUACUAGUUCUGAGCUCCACACGAUGGCGUACGAAUGCUGCUGGUACGAGCAGGACGUCCGCUUCAAGCGCGCGCUGCUGUUCACGAUGAUGCGCCUGGGCAGGCCGAUGGUGUUCCGUGCCGGCCACUACGUCAUGCUGUCCAGGCAGACCUUCCUUACGAUUCUACGCAUGUCCUAUUCGUAUUUUGCUGUAUUAAGGCAAAGUAACAGUCGAAACAGAGCUAACUGCCGCAAAUCCAAUCAUCACAAGCUCACAUCACUCAACAUGGCGGUGAGGACGGUAAACAAUGUGACUCUCUUUCUAAACCGUCCUCGAAAUAUCCUCUUAUAUCUCGGAAUAUGGCUUAAGCCGGCAAACUACGUCUCCUUAUACGUUGCCUAUGCCAUUAUUGUCAUGUUCACUCAAUAUUCCUUCGUCUUCUUCGAGUUUAUAUACAUAGCUUUAGCUUGGGGAGACAUGGACGCGGUCACAGAAGCUUCGUUUCUGCUGUUCACACAGGCGUCCGUGUGCUAUAAAGUUACAAGGUUUAUGAUCAAAAAGAAUAACUUGGUUUUUCUCUUAAGCUUCAUGGAAGAGGAGGUAUUUCAGGCGCAAAACGAGAGACAUGUAAGAUGUCUCCUGAAUCAAUCUAUCAUGAUAAAGCGCCUGUGCCUGUUUUUCCUCGGAAGUGCGCUGACUACUUGCACAUUGUGGGGACUCAUGCCCAUUGUCGACAGCACUGGUGGAGAACGUAUCUUUCCCUUUUUGAUCUGGAUGCCAGUAGGUCCCGAGAAGUCUCCCCAGUAUGAGUUGGGCUACUUUUACCAGAUGGUGGCCAUCUACAUCAGCGCAUUCCUAUUCAUCGCAGUUGAUAGCGUCGCGUUGUCUAUGAUCAUGUUUGGAUGUGCGCAGCUGGAGAUUAUCAUGGAUAAAGUAAAACAGAUAAAACGAGUGUCAAUGUCAGGCAAGCUUAAGAGGCAAGAUCGAGAGCAGCUCAUCCAAGAGAAUCAAGUUUUAUUCGUCGAAUGUCUCAAGCACCACCAGGCGGUGAUACGGUUCAUAGAGUCGGUAGAGGACACGUACCAUGCUAACAUAUUCUUCCAGCUGAGUGGGAGCGUUGCCAUCAUCUGCAUCAUUGGACUUCGGAUAACAGCCACAACGCCAGGCAGCGUGCAGUUCAUCUCGAUGCUGAACUACAUGGUGACGAUGCUGUCGCAGCUUUUUCUUUACUGCUGGUGCGGGAACGAGCUUACAAUACGAAGCGAGCUUCUCCGGGAAGUGAUGUAUUUGUGCCCGUGGCACGAGCAGUCCAAUAGUUUCCGAAGACUGCUCUGGGUGGCUAUGGAGCGGAUGAAGCGGCCUAUCAUCUUCAAAGCUGGACACUACAUACCGCUUUCCCGGCCAACUUUUGUUGCGAUUCUACGUUCGUCAUAUUCAUACUUCGCCGUCCUCAACCAAACCCGGAACAAGGAGAAAUAGUAAUUGAUACAACCAUCCACAAAUUAGUUGUUUAUUUAUAAUAUAAACCGCGUAUCACAUAUGCGUAGUGUACAGUUACGACAUUUUAGGCAAAAGUGUGCUUAGUUUAUGAAAAUUAUGAAAAAUACACUUUUUUUGUAAUACUCAACGACACUUAACUUAUAAUAAUUUAGUCGAAUAGAUAAAUUCGUGCGCUUAAAUUAAAAACUUCAACAAUAGCGACAGCGAAGUGAAACAAUUACAACCACCGUUUAGAAUUUGAUUUGCGAUUCGUGAUAGUUAAGAAGAACGCUUACAUGUACAAACAGCAUCACUCUUAACUGUCCAUCGGUGGACCUUAUGCCUUUUGUAAUAAGGUCCACUGAUGGACAGUUAAGGUCUUCAUUCAAUCCAAUAUCUGUGUCGGCCUUUAAAAACUAUCGCUUAUCAAGACAGUUGACUUGGUAGAACGCUUGGAGGCACUGCACUUAGUAAACAGGCAUUUAAUAAAUUGCAACCACGGCCAAUAACACAGAUAUUAUUAGAUUGAAUAAAAGCACAUAUAUAAAUGCGUCCAAGGACAUAAAAAGCUAAGUAUCAACGUAUCAAUAAGCGUAUGGAAAAAACAAUACGCUGAUAUUUUUAGAUACUUACCUUAAUACAUCCCAAUCAAGCACAAUAAAGCAUUAUUCACAAUCUUGAAUUUCAUUUAACCUAUAUUUUAAAAACACAAGGAGUAAAAAAGCCUUAAAACAUCAGGUAUUGUUGAUAAAGGUAAACAGUCAGUCGAUUACACUUACGUGAUAAAAUAUGAUAAGUUUCAUCACACUUGCGAGAAAAUAAUUAAGUUUUUAGUCAAAAUAAUAUUAAUAAAAAUGGCGAAUAUUAGUCCGUCAACUUGUUCAAAAGUGUUCAUUUGUUCAUGAAAUGUGGAAAUAAUCUUUAAGACAGGCAGUUAUUUUACUCUGAUUGAACUUUUGUAACCACAAGGUACAAGUUUAGUUUUUAAUACGAGCAGGUAGCUUUUUUUACAUCUUAUUUAUUUUAUAAGUCAUACAUCUUAUAACGAGUAGGCAAUAGCUUGAUUUGCUUGAUUUGCAAAAAAAUUGACUUAUUGAGGAAAUUAUUAUAAAAAAACAUUUGGGAGUAAUAUCAGUUGUUACUCCCUCUACGCAUAUUACUUCGCAAUACAUCUUACAAGCAAGUGUGAUGAAAAAAUUCUGGCCAGUUACACCGUUUCAAAUUAUUAUUUCACUAGUCACUAUAGGUGCAUAACUGCAUAUACAUAAUAUGAUACUGAUUGGAAAUAUUUACCUACCUUCAGUAAAAGAUGAAGAGGUAGGUAAAUAUUCUCAAUUUUGUAUUCAUUUCAUUCCCAUUUUGACUAGUCUAAUUACUUGGUAAAUACAUUGAAAUUAAAAACUAAAAAAACAUUAUUUCAUGUCAGAACAUAUUUUCUCAUAAUUGUAUUGAAUAAAAAUAAUUAUAUGAACGGUCAACUAAUUAUAUUUAAAUAUAAUACCCGUUAUAAUACAAUAAUCAAAAUAAAUAGGUUUUUAACGGUGUACCGGCCAGGAACAAAGCGCAUUUUGCAGAAGCAAAAUUGACUUUAAUUACCAUUAUAAAAAAUGUGCGUAAAACAAAAAUGCGAUAGAGGACCCCAAGUAUCACAGCGAUACGUUAAAGAUAUGGGAAUCAGUACAUUUAUAUUAAUAUAUCGUAAUUAAUCCAAUAGCCCUGUAAGCAAGCUCUUUCAAAUAAAUGUUUCCGAGGAAAUUAUAGGUUCUCUGAUAUUCUUUCCGACCAUUUAUCGGAUCACAAAGGCGCAAAUUUCAGAAUUUUCUUAUUUUCAAAUUUGCGUCAUUUUUAGUGGCUUUCAGAUUUUUAUUGGUUGGCCAGUCGAACUAUGCUUGGGGCAUUCCAGAAAAGUGUCGGGUACGUGACGAUAUUUUUUUAACACUUCUGAUAUUAUUUGGCAUAAUAACGUUCUCCAGGUCAUUAAGGUUGCUGACAUACGACGCGUAUGUCGUAUGUAUGUCGGCGGCCGAUCGUAAGAUCAGGCAGAUCGUAAUGUUCCUGUGUAAUAUUUUGACGAUAGUCACAUUAAACCAAUAUAUAGGAAGGAUAGAUUCCUUAGGUUGCUUCAGAUGCCCGAAGGGCAAACUACCCAGAAAUAGGAGCCCCGAGUAGCGGGGCUCCGUCGGCUCAAGGGACGAGUCAAAGAUUUUCACGUUUCACGAUUUGCCUAGGAAUUUCACGAUAUGCCUGAUCUUACGACCGGCCGCCGAAAUGUACGUCCUCGAAAGGGUACUUAGAUCUUUUUGUGGAAUACUCCUAUAACUGCACAAUAAAUUACAAGUCGAUAUUUUGUUUCUAACUAUAAACAAUGUUUGAUAAUAUAUCUUUGUGACCACAAUGGUUCAUAAGCACCUCGUUGUCAAAGAAUUAGCGCACUUACACUUACAUAGGUACAUAUCGUACAGACAAAAUUGAUUUUACAUUUAUCUUCUAGCCGCCCAUACGUCAAACAUUGCCAAGCAAAAUGAUAUUUUAUUUUGUCAACACAAAGUUCAAAUUAGAAUGGAACAGGAGACCUUUUUAUAGGUCGCUGGGCGGCUAGAGGUUAGUUCAAGUUUGAUAACGUGAUACACAGAACUCUAUUCGCUAAUAAACAAUUCAAGAAUAAAUAUAAUCAAACAAAUGGCAGUUCAUCUAACUUCGAGUCACAAUCAACAGAAUCGAACAAAUUUAAAAUCACGACGUCGUCUAAAAAAGAAACACAACCGAUUUUUAAAACGAGUUAAAAUCACAAUUAUAGGGCAUUUGCACACUCGCCCCAAUUUUCAAACAAUCGCGUUGAGCGGGGUAUACACUGAUGAAAUUAAAGGCUAUUUUACACGAUCUGACAGCUUAUUGUUUGCAGACCCAGAACAGAUCGGAAUGUCUGAAAUCAUUUGCUUUCAGACAAACAAUAAAGAGAAGAAUUUAAAGCACGGUUAUACUGUGUAGGUACAAUUCUAUUCACCCCGUUUUAAGGGGCUACUAUAAAACCGAGUAAAAUGCCUGAUACUUACGCCAGAUGUGUAGAAUACUGCCGAUAUAUAGCUCCAAAUUUGACCCCGCUUUAUAAAAACUAAAAUUAAUCUACCUAAAGAGCGAUCGCUAUGUCACUACGUCUAUGUCUAGGAAUGGUAGGAGUUAGCACU